UAUUAGUGCAUCUUCUGAUGGCACUGUAAAGAUCUGGAAUAUGAAGACUACAGAAUAUUCAAAUACCUUUAAAUCCUGGGCAGCACUGCAGGGACAGAUACCACAGUCAACAGUGUGAUCCUGGUUCCUAAAAACCCAGAACACUUUGUGGUGUGCAAACAGAUGAAAUACAGUGGUCAUCAUGACCAUACAGGGUCAGAUUGUCAGAAGCUUCAGCUCUGGUAAGAGAGGUGGUGGUGAUUUUGUUUGCUGCGCCCUCCCUCCCCGUGGUGAAUGGAUCUACUGUGUAGGGGAGGACUUUGUGCUCUACCAUGUUAACACAGUCACUGGCAAACUGCAGAGAACUGGGACAGUUCACGAGAAAGAUGUGAUUGGUAUCGCACAUCAGCCUCAUCAGAGUUUGACUGCUACCUACAGUGAGGAUGGACUCCUAAAGCUCUGGAGACCCUAAUUCCACUUUUUUUUUUUUUUAACUCUCUUGAGAGCAUGUACUUAAGUGAAGACAUAUUCAUAUAUUGGUUUUUUUUUUUUUAGGCUACCUUUUCUCAACAAUUAUCUGAAUUUAGGCACAGGAAUAAUUUUGUGAAAAUUCAUGUU